AUACACACAAACACCAACAUAGUUGCUUCUAGACUAUAAAGACCAGCAAGUGAGAGACGCCCUACACCGGAAUCCUUAGCGCAGGCACUGGUGCGAGUUUGGAGCACAAAUGGUGGCGGACGUGACUCUUGAAAGCGCUAUGAAGCGGCUAAAGCAGCAUGUCUACAAGCAACGCGUGCGUGUGAAGGACUUCAUUAUGGACUUUGACAAACUAAACUCCGGAUAUGUGUUCCCAAACCAUUUUUUGAGCGCAUUGAGCAUGGCUGGCAUCGAUAAAUACCUGUCACCAAAGGAGCUGGAAGUCAUCUGCGAGACAUACAAGGUACAACGCGAUGCCACGCUGGUUAUGGUGGACCACCGGACUUUCCUGCAUGAGCUGGAGCUCGUCUUUACUGUGCCGCAUUUGGAGAAGGACCCGCUGGUGGAGGUGGCUACCGAACCGGCCGACCUCCUGGACAAGACCCGCUACCUCAAAAGCUCCCGCGUGCUGCAGCCACCAGAGCGGGAGGAGGCGGUGCAGGCGGUGAUAUGCCGCCUCAGUGACGUUUGCUAUAAGCGCGGCCAGCCCGUCAAGGCCUUCUUCGAUGACGCGGCGCGGGACGAUCACAGCGCCAAGCUGUUCGGCCACGUCACGCUGCCGCAGUUCCGCCAGGUUCUGACCACCAAGCUGGAUUGGGUAGUGUCAGACCCUGAGGUGUCUCUGCUGGCCGCCAAGUUCCUGCACGAGGACAAGCCCGAGUUCAUCAACUACAUCGCCUUCAGCUGCACCGUGGACCCACCGGAGCGGUACUAUGAGCAGUAGCGGGACGUGGCCAAGAAGCACAGCUUCGAGUUGCGCCUGGGCCGCACAUGAGCUCCCUGCUGCAGUGCAUAUAUAUACAUGGGCGCGCCCGGGCGCGAUCGGGCAGUACCGUUACCGGGAUGGACUUACUGGAAGGCUGCCGGAUGUCUUGAGUGCCAUGAUCCUGUGUGUCCAUGGCAGCAGCAUGCUUUUGGCUGUUGCGUGUUGUGCUUGGGUACACGUCAGGUUAGGUGUGGGAAGGAAAGCCUACCUGCAGUCUCUUCCGGCGCAUAUCCAAAGUUCCGUGAAGGGGGCGAGAUGAUAAUGGUAUACUGCGACUACCUUGAUAAGUGUAUGUUUGCUGGCGUUGAUAUCUUGGGCUCCCUGUCCCAGGGAUGGGGGCGGAAUGGUGGAGCUCCAAAUGCGUGCGGAAUGCCCCAAGGAUUAACGCACGCACAGCUGGCGAAAAUAAUAUCGCAUCCGCCUUGAAAACCUUUCGCAUGGUUUUCGCCGGUCCAUUGACCCGUCCAUCGGCGGUAUUUCCUUCCCAUUCUGCUUCACCGGCAUGCUUGAAACGCUCGUAGUAUCCCUUACUGGGCAUUCAAGCAGCUGGAGGACGCGUACCGGUGUUCUGCGUCGGGAAAUUGCCAAGCAUGUGGGGACAUGCCGCCACAACCAGCGGCGUUGUCGCCCCAUUCAACUCUUUUAGCAGUCUUUGUCGCCCAAAGUGCCUUAUGACCAGGUGUGGUGGCCAGAUUUUGGCCAGACAGGUCCAGAAGCAGCCACAGAAGGGCCAGUUUGGUGGUUUUGGGGCGGUGACCGCACCAUUUCCGCAUGGAUUUUCGCACAGUUCCGCCGAUGUGCGAAAGCAAGGGUCUAGGCGAAAAGCGUGCGAAAACACCAUGCGGAAUGGGCGGACUUCCGCCCCCAUCCCUGCCCUGUCCAAAGUGUCCGCCCAUUUCUGAUGGGGUUCACGCGGACCCGGCACUGCAACCAGAGGCGUGCAGCUUUAUCUAUUUGCCGUGCCGUGUGCGGUGUGCCACAAUGCCAAGCUACAGGAUGGAUACCUUGCCCGCUUCUCCUCCUAACCAUCACCAAGCUGAGUCAUGGCCUGCUCCCCGGCAUGUCACUGUAAUGUUUAAAUGCG